CCGCCCCCUCCCGCUCCUGGGGGGACGCGAGGAGGGCUCUCCUGGGGGCGGGGCGGGCCCGAGCUGCCCAGUUCCUGGUUUUAAGUCGGAGCGCGGCCCGGGCAGCAGCCACAGCCUGAAGAGGGCCUGGGCCGCGAGGGAUGGAGCCCGGCAGCGCAGCCGGAGUGCCGAAGGGCGGCCAGAGGCCGCUGCUUUCCCUCCUCUUCCUCCGCCAGCUGCUGCUGCAGCUGCUGCAGCUGCCGGGCUCCUGCGCCCGGGCCACAGGGCAGCCCCAUAUUGUCUUCGUGCUCGCGGACGAUCUGGGCUGGAACGACGUGGGCUACCACGGCUCCAGUAUCUUUACCCCGCACCUGGACGCGCUGGCGGCCGGCGGGGUGCGUCUGGAAAACUACUACACGCAGCCCCUGUGCACGCCGUCCCGGAGCCAGCUGCUGACCGGCCGCUACCAGAUUCAUACCGGUUUGCAGCAUCAAAUAAUCUGGCCCUGUCAACCAAGCUGCAUACCCCUUGAUGAAAAGCUGCUGCCUGAACUUCUCCAGGAGGCUGGAUAUGUCACCCAUAUGGUUGGAAAGUGGCACCUGGGCAUGUUCCGAAAAGAAUGUCUUCCAACACGCAGAGGAUUCAAUACAUUCUUUGGGUAUCUCCUAGGUAGUGAAGAUUACUACUCCCAUAAACGCUGUGUAUACAUUGAUGCCCUGAAUGUCACCCGGUGUGCUCUUGAUUUUAGGGAUGGAGAAGAUGUUGCAGAAGGAUACAAAAAUAUAUAUUCAACAAAUAUAUUUACGCAAAGAGCUAUAGAUCUUAUUGCUAACCAUCCGGCUCAGAAGCCUCUGUUUCUGUACCUCGCCCUACAGUCUGUCCAUGAGCCCCUUCAGGUCCCUGAGGAAUAUCUGCAGCUAUAUGACUUUAUCCAAGAUGAGAAGAGGCGUCUUUAUGCAGGAAUGGUGACCCUUAUGGAUGAAGCUGUGGGAAAUGUCACGAGAGCCCUGAACAAGUAUGGGAUGUGGAAUAACACAGUGUUCAUCUUUUCCACAGACAAUGGCGGACAGACUUUGGCCGGGGGCAACAACUGGCCACUCAGAGGAAGAAAAUGGUCACUGUGGGAAGGCGGAAUUCGAGGAGUGGGCUUCGUAGCCAGCCCCUUACUGAGACAGAAGGGAGUGCAAAACUGGGAACUCAUGCACAUUUCUGACUGGCUGCCUACUCUAGUCAACCUCGCUGGCGGACAUGCAAACAGCACGAAACCACUAGAUGGCUUUGAUGUGUGGAAGACUAUCAGUGAAGGAAGCCCUUCCCCCCGGACGGAGCUGCUGCAUAACAUUGACCCAGGCUAUGUAGACAUAUCGCCAUGUCCAGGAAACACUAGGCCUCCCUCCAAGGGUGAUUCCUUUCCUACAACACAUUCCACCUUCAAUGUUUCUAUCCAUGCAGCAAUUCGAUAUGGAAACUGGAAACUACUGACUGGCUACCCAGGCUGUGGUCACUGGUUUCCACCACCAUCUUCAUACAGAAUCAGAAAGCAACCAUCACAUGACCCACCAACUAAAAACCUCUGGCUUUUUGAUAUCCAACGAGACCCUGAAGAAAGAUAUGACCUAUCCGGCAAACAUCCCAGUAUCGUUAAGAAGCUUCUGGCCCGGCUCCAAUAUUACCAUAAGACCUCUGUACCGGUGUUCUAUCCCGACCAGGAUCCCCACUGUGAUCCCAAAGCAACUGGAGUUUGGGGACCGUGGAUGUAGGAUGUUAAUUGGCCCUCAGACUAGAUGACUGCCCCUCAGGUAGAGGUUGUACCUCAGGCAUCCAGUCAUAUGACUUUCACUCCAUUUGCUCUGCCCCGAUCCAGAGAGCUUCAUUGGCCCUUCUCAGUCCUAAACCAUAGCAGGCCCCCCGCUUUCAACCUAAAUACACCUAAGAAGCAGGUAACAUUUCAGGAGCAUAAACACUUGCUCUUCUUUGACUGGGGGAGGUUUUAAAAGCAGAGGUACCUUGGUUCAUCCCCUCUUUCUUGAGAAACUUUAUUUCAGAUAAGGAGCUCUAAUUGAGUCCCUCAGUCAGGGAGCAGCCUGCUGAGUUCACCUAGCACGUCAGAUGCUAGAUUUCACUUUUGCCAAAAGCCAGGUUUUAUUGGAGAGUGACUCACAUUUCAUGCAAUAAAUGAAGGGAGCAGGCAACACUGAUGUUGACGAAAAUUUUCCGUCUCUCUCUGUUUCUCUCUUUCCCUUUCCCUCCCCCCCAUUUUUCUUUCUUGCCGUUUCCCCUCCUCUACCCUAAUUCUCCACACUCUCUUCCUCUUUUUCCCUUUCUUCCCCUCCCUCUUCUUUUCCUCUUUCCCUUCUACUCUUAUUGUGUCCAGCAGUUUCCACCAAAAUACUUCUCUUUAUCCUCCUCUCACCCCCAUCCCACACACACAGCUUAAGAGUUCUCUAUGACUAUUAGUUGUGAUAAUCCAAUGCAAAAUUUCAACAUGAGCUAGUAGUAGAUCAUGGCCCACUUUUUUUGUUCUUUUUGGUCAGAUCAUUUUCCCCAGCCUUGCUCAUUCUUCUAGGAUUUCUUGCUACUCCAUAUGGGUCCUUCUUCCUACCUAUAGUUUCCUCAUCUGUAAGAUGAGAGGGUUGGACCAGAUGGUAUCUAAAGCUUUGAAUCGAUAAUCGUAUGCAUCCGCCCAUUAACAGUGUGGUGGGAGUUCUCCUUUUGAACAGACUGUCACUCUGUAGCCCUAAGCAGCAGAGAGAUUCUUGGAUAGUGCCAAUCACUGCAUCCCUUUUCCCUGGAUAAACCACAGUUCCAUGGCAUGAACCACAGUAUUAUUGAAUUUUGCUGAAGCUACCACCUGUGCUCCCAGACAGUGGCCAAACUUGGCUCUGGAUUGUUUACCAAGCUCCUUUUUCUUGUCAGAGACAAAAGGGGUUUGUUUCUUGUUUGUUUUAAACGAUGAUGACAACUCCAACUAUGUCAUUGACUUGAUAAGCUUUUCCGAGUUGAGUCCACAUGGAUACAAACUAGAUUAUAGCACCCAUUAUGCUUGGGCUUCACAGUCAAGUGAGGGUGGCCAUGCUACCCCUCAGGAUUUGGGAGCAGUGCCAGGGACACCUGGGACCUGGGAUUGUGGAGAUGGCCAAUCUGAGAAAGCACUGGUCAAUGUUGAUGGCUCAAGGCUUGGAUAAAGCAAAGGAAGGGUGAAUCUGCACACUUCUUUCUACUCUCAUCCUUGUAACCAGAGUCUAAGAGAGAGGAAAGGAAGCAUAGCAUAUAUGAUAGUCCUUAACCAUUUAGCUACUUUUCUGCUGCCCUGGGUCAAUGUGGCUGAGCUUUCAGGGCCCUGAAACAUCUGUGGAAAACAUUUUUAACUUUUUCUAGGCAUGGCUUAACCAGAGAUGAUGCCAGGUUAACAGCCUAAACUCAGAAUCAGAAACUUGAUGAAAAUGACCCACAUGCCCAGAGGAUACUUUUCCGGAGUUGAAAUUGUGACUUAACUACCUAUAAGUAUCUCAUCACUCUGUAGGAAGGUUAUCAUGCCCCUUCUAAAAGUUAAAAAGUGUGGGGGAGAAAUAUGGGGAAGACCUCAAUGUCUUCGUGCUUGCCAGAUGCGUAUUACUACCCCCUUUUCCUGUGUUACUACUAACAGGGAGGUAAGAGAUUUAUACUGUGGGACGAGAAGGCAAGAGCUACUACUAGGUUCCCUGAGGAGGGCACCAGCCUCUCUCUCACUCUGAGGCUGCCUCCAGCCUGGGCUUCUGAACUGGUGUCAGGCUGGCCUGUGAUCUUGUGACGGCUGAGCUGUGUGUUUUAUGAGGAGAAUUGAUGAGAUCUCUUUGUGGUAGUGUAGCUGUGGGGAUUCUGGGUAUCUGAAUGUUUGUGUGUCCAGGGAGAAUGUCUGAUGUGUCGGGCUGUGCUGUAAGUGCCUUUAGGUCUCAGGCACAGAGUACACCAGAAGGCUGGGCAACAGUAAUGCUGUGUUUUGAGGUCAGUAACAGAGGCCUUCUUGACAACAUUUUCUGAGUUCUGCCCACUUCUCUCAGGUGUACCUAUGUCAGAGGCCUUGCAAUCCUGACACCUUCGUCCACCAAGAUAAAAAAAAGCCAGCUAUCAGAUUUUCCCUACUUUGUCUAUUUCUGCAGAAGAGAAUAAAAACUGAAAGCAUAAAAGUAAUUUCAUGUAGAUCACUAGAUAGCUACCUGUAUGUUCAAGGCACUGUUUUCUGGUUCUGCCAAUGCUUAUUUUGUCAAAAUUCCCCGGAAGGAAAGCAUGAUAGUGCUUCCAUCCUUCACCCCAGGUUGUGGGUUUCUCCAAUCCUAGUUUCUUUCUUUUUUUUGCUUUUUGGUGAGGCAGUUGGGGUUAAGUGACUUGCUCAGGGUCACACAGCAAGUA